AUGCUGAAAGUGGUAUCGAUUGUUUUCAUUAUUCCAGUGUUGGCUUCGGUAAUUUUGAAUAUGAUUUUUGAAAAACCGCCGACCGAUCACGGAAAGGGAACCAUGUUCGAUAUGAUUGCUAAUCGAUAUGAUUUCAUAAAUCGUGCCCUUGCCCUGAAUAUGGAUAUUGGAUGGAGAAAACGAAUGAUUGCCGAGGUAGCAUCCCAAGGAAGCCUUUUCGAUGCCAGCGUUAGGGGGCAAGAUAGUGCUAAGGUGUUAGAUUUGGCAACUGGUACUGCUGAUGUCGCUAUUCUCUUUGCCGAAGCUCACCGAGACACGAAAGUCGAAGGAGGCAUAAAGCGGGGCCUUAAUAUUCUUGGUAUUGAUCCAUCCAUAAAUAUGAUUACGGUUGGGAGGGAAAAGAUAGCGUCCAAGAAUCUCUCUGACUCAGUUGUCCUAGAGCUUGGAGACGUACGAAAUUUACAAGAUCUUUCAGAAAAUACUUUCGAAGCUGCAACCAUGUCUUUUGGCAUUCGAAAUGUUCCCGAGAAAGAGCAUGCCUUGUGCGAGAUUCACCGUGUUCUCAAAAAAGAAACUGAGAAUAAUGUUGGGGCAAAGUUUGGAAUUUUGGAGUUUUCUGAGCCAGGCGAAGAUUCUGGAUUCAUGGGUGCUGGCGCGAGACUGUUCAUUCGACAUGUUGUCCCUGUUCUGGGAGCUAUUUUAAGUGGAGCACCAAGGGAGUAUAUGCAUUUACAAAACUCUAUCAAGGAGUUCCCCUCGCCAAAAGAGUUCGUUACUUUGAUGGAGGGUCUAAAAUGUGGAGAGAAUGGGAACGGGAGCUUCAGAGUUGACAAUCUGAUACAAAUGAACUUUGGGAGCGUACAGUUGUAUCUUUCGACACCAAUAGAUAAAAGCUAA